AAAGCAAACCAAGAGCGGAGCAAAGUAAAACAACGAUGAGUGCUGCUCCUCAACGGGUUGUGUUUUAGAGGUGGUUGGUUGGUGUUUUAAGCGUCGAGGAAUGGGCAUAUUGGCACGGAAUGGAAUGGAAGCAGCAUAGAAGGAGCCAACAAGAGCCGGGUUUGGUUUUUUACUUUUGAGUUGGGCUGCAGUUUUUCGCUUUUCCCGCUGCACCAGUCAGUCAGUUACUAUGUGCAGCUUGAUGUGUGCGUACGUCGUUCGGAAGUUAGUACUGAUCGGAGCCUGUAUCGUAGUGUUUAGCGUCUUCUGGUGGUGCUUCUGUUGUUGCAUCUACGCCGCGAUGUUUUCCGAUGACCAACAGAACCAAGAGGGCACCGGUCAUCAUCAUCGUCUUCAUCAUAAUCUGCCACGGGGCCAGAGCCAGAGCAUCGUCGUUGGUCAGAAGGUCUUGGAUGAAAGUUGGGCCUAGGGGCUAAAUAAGCCGAUACGGAAAGUGUGGUUGAUGCUUCUCGGGGUCCAUUUUUUACGUUCGUUAUCCAUUUCGUAUGCGGAAACAACAAAACAAAAAAAAAACGUGAAAUUGACCCCCCGGGCGAAAACCUAUAUGCCUUUUUUCCCGAGCGCGCCAAAACAGAAUCGGGGAUAACUGUGUUUCGAUGAAGGAAACGCAAGAAGUUUAAGCGAAGGUUCAAAAAGAAUAACCGUGGAGUUGUGGGGCUGCUGAGUGAAGUUGAGCGAGUGGCUUAAUGAAGAAAUUUGCGAUCUGCUGCCGGUCCCUCAGAUAUAUCUAUAUUAUUAUAUUCGGUGAGAAUUGAAGAAAGUGUGUGCUCGUGGAAGUCGUUUCGUGUUGUGUUUAUUUCGGGGUUUGUUGUGCUUCGAUUUGUCGGUUCAAACCCGAUUGAGUGAUCAGUUCAUUACAAAUAAUUGCUCAGGAAGACCCGGUGCUUCUGGAUAUCCCAUAUUCAUACAUAAAUAACCAGGACCAUCCGACGUCUUUGUCGCCGUUUUUCGUCUGCGACUUUCGUAGGGCAGCACGCUAGCGGAACGGAUAACGACUUUUGACUACACAACACAGUCGCAUACCUGGUAAAAAUUGGCCAUCCUAUAUCUGAAAACAUGGAAUUAUGGCUGCACAACAACAGAUGUUUACAGUUUUGUAAACAUGUGAUGAAGCAGACAGCUGAAUGGAAACAGCUUGAACAAAACAAAAUCGAUGAAUAUAAUCAGUUUCGAUAACGGCCAAUUUUGGCACCAGCCCACCCCACCUUCCGGAUGAACCAUGUUCACUCUGUCCAAACUGCCCACUGAAGAUGAUCCAUCGGCACCCGGCGGCAGCAACAGUAGCAACGGUAGCCACAGUCCUAGCAACAGCGGUCACACCGAUAGUCCUAGCAGUUCCGCUUCCGCAUCCCACUCGACCGCACUUCCGCCAGUGGCCAGUCCGACCGCGUGGAACCUCGAGCUGGACCAGCUGCAAAUGAUCGCCGAAGAAGACAUGCAGGUGAUCGACACGAUCGAUCAAAGCUACUGGAAUGGGAAGUUCGUUCCACCUCCGCCGCGGCCACCCUUCCUGGAGGAAUCGAUAGCACCGGAUGGCCUCACGACCUGCGAUUUGUGCAGCUGGGCCUGGCAGGACAAGGGAACGCUCUCCCUGGAUGGCGCCAUUAAAGAAAUUUUCUCCCCACCAGAUACCAAGGAAUUCAGCUGGACCUUCACUUUGGUCGUGGUUUCGCUCACAUCCGCCGUUCUCGGUGCCAUCAUUAUGAUAGUAUUUCUUAGGUGUAAGAGAGUAAGAGCCAACCAAAGUGGUAUUCGGACGUUGUGUUUCGAUUCUAGCAGCACCAAGGAUACGGCGGGGCUUAACUUUGACAAUCAAACAUCGAAAAAUUCGACAAACGGUUCGUGUAGCCCGAGGAGUACUAAUUCUGGUCUGUGGACCUGGUUUAGUAGUAGGAAAAACCUUUCCACUCCGGAUCAGUUGGUGAAUUCGCACACACUUCCGGUGGAGAAUCACUAUACCCACAUGGACGAUAACAACUACAAUCCGGUCCAGAUUGACGAAGCGUCCUACGCAGAGGUUGGCAAUGAAAUGGGCCCAUCCGAGACCAAUUCGUACAGAUCGAGCUCCGUGCAUCAUGGAGGCGACAACGACAUUCUGAUCAUGAACUGCCCGCUACCGGCCAUCCCGACCGGAUCGAAUCAUGGAACCGGGGCCACCGGUGGUGGAGCAUCCGGUUCCGGUAGUGCCUACUAUUCCGGGCUGCUGAACAGUGCCAACAUGCUGCCGGGCGACGAGGACGAAGACGAGCGGCCGUAUGAGAUCGUCGACCUGAAGGAGAUGUCCUCGCCCCACAAGAGUCACAAUGUACAAAGCCAUUUUCUGAACGAAACUAACAAUCUGCUCACCAUCGAAAAACAUUCCGAGAGCCUGCCGGAGGGCACCAUUUCGGCUUCGGAUUACGUAUGAGGCCCUCUCCGGUUUUCGUUUAUGAAGCACUGCGGGGGUGGUUCGAUUGGUUCAAAUUAGUUCUGUAGUUUCUAGACUAGGUAUCAAUUACUUUUCGGCUUAGUAAGUCUGUUGUGCAUAGUUUCCUUGUAGCUUUUAAUUGUGUGUAUUUAUUCUACUCGGUGUAAUUUUUUGAGUAGUAGGUAGAAAAACCUUCCGUAGGUACUUAUAUUUAUUAGAAAGAUAAAUAACAAGCUUUUGUAGCAGUACGAUAUCAAUCAGAGCUUAAAUAAGGGCCAAUGUCCAUAGCAAAGUCUGAGAAUGAAACAUUCCGUCACAGUGGAAAUAAAAGGUUUUUAAAAAACAAAAAACGCGAACAAAACAUAACAGAAACGAGAAGCAAGGUAGCAUUGUGUGAUCCCAUGUAGCCUUAGAACGUAAGAUAACAAACCAAUUGAUUUAAUAGAACGAGGCAAAUGUUGAAAAAAAAAACAUUAUUUAAGUGUAGACCAUUUUAGAAACUUUAUCGUAAACUAUUCCAAUGAUUACGAAUGAAUCAGUGUUUCAAUUUAAACCAAUUUUAAGCAAAACAACAUGAACAAAUUCUUAAGCCUGAUGUAGACCUUUUGAAAUGAACGACCUUUGUACAACCUAGUCGGUAAGUCAUGCAAACAAGCCCGAACUGUAAUGUAAGCAAUCGCUGCCCGUUUUAUAAGCCACACACACACAAUCAUACACAUAUUUUAAUCGUAAGAAAACCUUCAUUAUCAUAACCAUUCACAGCUACGACAGAAUAUGAAAACAGAUCCCUUUUGGAUAAGAAACGGACUCAAAGUCAGAAGGCCAAGCUCAUGAGAUUAUGUUAGAAUAGUGGUGAAAGAUGAAUAGAAAUGAAAGAACAAUCUGACAGUGACAUGAAAUUCAAUGAAACAAUAAAAACCCACAAUCCAU